CAUCAUGAGUGUCUUGAUCAAAGCAUUGCUGUUGGCAACUGUGGCGAUUAUGCAGCUGCUGCAGCUCAGUCAGCCAGCUAGCGUGUCCUCCAACAUGCAGGGAUUUGAAAAGCUCAAUCAAGUGGUUACCAACAGGAUAAUGCAAGUGCUGACUGAACACAAGGAAGCAUCAAAUACGCAUUUGUACAGACGUUUAACAACGGCGGCUGCAUUGCCCGUAGCUCAGCUGGAUGAGAAGAUAACUGUUUACAACGAGUAUCUUGACAACGAUGGCUUUGAAGCAACCGUUAUUCAAGGACUGCGUCAAGGACUUGGUAAUUCGACUGACAUUGAAAGUCAAGUGCGGCAGGCUUUGGAAAGAUUAUUGCCUAUGCUAGGACUUAAUGAUCCGUUCUCAGAACGUGUAUUCCGUGCAUUAUUAAGGAAUCCGGAAAAUCUGCGCAGACUGAGGCGAGCACUAGACGAAUUAGACAGCACGACUAGCACAAGUAGCAGCAGCAGCACCACCACAACGACGACGACCACCACGACUACAACUACAACAACAAGACGACCAAGACGCAAGCCAACUCCAGUUCCUUGCUGCUCCGGACUGUGGGACUUUCUGUUUGGCUUUUAUUAAAUAGCAGCAGCUAUGCAUAUUCUAUAAAUUACUAAUUAAUAAAUUACUCUGU